UCAUCUAUCAGCGAAGCAAUGGUGCCACACCACGACGCUGUGAAACAUAACCUUAACAUAGCCUUCUUCUUGGUCUAUUCCACAUUUAUUCCGCCGGCAAAGGAUAAUAACUUACAAAUGGAUAACUUAAUGAACGUAGACGAAAAUAAUUUAAAUAUUUCGUACACAUGCGGCGUAUGCGAAACUUUUAUUAUUGAGGAUAAUUUGUUGUCUCAUACAUGCUUCAACGAAUACAGUAACGUCUGCAUUGAUGAAAAUUUUUACUGUUAUCCUCAGUGUGAGGAUGGAAGUAUAGUUCGCAAAAGCCUGAUGCCUGAUGGUACAGAAGCUGUAGUCACAACUAUACCACAUACAGUAAAGGGCGCUGUAAAUUCACAUAAGUCAGUGGACUUAGAAACGAAGAAGAUGGAAAUAGAAGAACAGUUAAUCGAUGAAAUCUUCAAUCAGGUCUUCGACCUGGAUUGUGGAACUUCAAACUACCUAUAACUGAACGCAGUCCACAAAUAAAGAAACAGCUCUGGGAAGAAAUAUAUGAAGCUAUGAACGGAUCAUUCCCUUCCAUCGAGACGAUAAAAAGGAAGUGGAAAUCAUUAUCAGAUUCUUUUCGGGUGCAUUCAAAAAAGAAUCAGCAAGCGAGUGGAAAAAAACCAUGGAUACAUCUCCAACGUAUGCAGUUUUUGAAUGAUGUUCGGCUAGAAAGCAGAACUGUCAGUAAUAUCGAGAGCAUGUCAGAAUUUGAUGAUUCACAAUCGAAUGUUUUUCACGAUGACAGCAACAGCUGUAACAGUAGCAGCAACAGUCGUAAUACAUCAAAAAGCAGUAAACGUCGCAUGUCUGAAGAUAAUCCCCUGGAUCGAAUUGCCAAUUCUUUAGAGGCUCCAAUAUCCUUUAAUAUUGAGCAAAUAGACCAAAUUUUGUCUAAUCGUAUUUCAAAUAAUAUUCCACCAAUUAUGUUUGAUAAACCUGCGUCAAUGGGACAUUUGGUAACUCUCCUACUUCGUGAUAUGAACCCGGAAUUACUGGACGAUGUAAUGUUCGAUAUUUUUAAAGUAAUAAAUGAGGCAAAAAAAAAGAAAUAA